UGUUUGACUGCAGGACUCAGUAUAACAACGAAGCAAAGAUGCCUUCUGAAGGCUGAAUAAAUACCUCCCCUUUUAGAUAUCUGUGCAUAUAUGGUGCUGAGGACAAGGAACUCCCGGUGUGGAACCUCCCUCUGCUCCUGCACUGCAGGAGAGAGACUCCCACGAGCACAUAAGCCUGCCACCUAGGGGUAAAAACUCUAGCAAGGGUUGGUGACAAGAUCGAGAGUCUCUACAGGAAGCUGACUUGAGUUUCCCAACCUCUUACUCUCCGUGGUCACUUUGAGAUUGUCUCUGCUGGCAGAAGCACUCCCUGCACCAACCUCCUCAUUGUAGUGGAUCCUCCAUUACCCCAGGCCUCAGAGGUGUGCCUUUUCCUUUUAUUGAGACAUAGAAAUCCCUGACAUUUUCUGGUCACAUGGAAUCGAUAUCAUCCAGUGUCAUCAUCGGUAUCAUCAUUGGCAGGAGACUAGGAUCCACUGCACAUUAAAUGGACUGUACUAACUUUAAAAAGGGAUGUGGAAUUCCACAAAGUGGUGAGACUGUGAGAAGAGACAUCCUACCUGGCCUUUCCAUCCACCCUACAACUGAAUGACCAGUGUUCCUACAGCCCCCUGAGGUCUAUGUUGCUCCAGGGCUGAUAUCAUACCUGAGAACCAGGCUCAACAAGAUGCUUAAUUCCAUCAAAUGUGUAUUGGUGGGUGAUGCGGCUGUGGGGAAAACAGCUCUCUUGGUGCGCUUCACAUCAGAGACAUUCCCUGAAAUGUACAAGCCCACGGUGUAUGAGAACGCAGGGGUAGAUGUCUUCAUGGAUGGUAUCCAGAUCAGUCUGGGCCUUUGGGACACAGCUGGCAAUGAUGCCUUCAAAAGCAUCCGCCCCCUCUCCUACCAGCAGGCAGAUGUGGUGCUCAUGUGCUAUUCUGUGGCCAACCAUAACUCCUUCUUGAGCCUGAGGAACAAAUGGAUUGCUGAGAUACGGAGCAAUUUGCCCUGUACCCCAGUGUUGGUGGUGGCCACACAGACUGACCAGAGGGAAAUGGGACCCCACAGGGCUUCCUGUAUAAACUCCGUGGAUGGGAAACGGCUGGCCCAGGAGGUGAAGGCCAAGGGCUACCUGGAGUGCUCAGCUCUCAGCAACCGAGGGGUGCAACAGGUUUUUGAAUGUGCUGUCCGGACUGCAGUUAAUCAUGCUAGGAAGAGGAGUAGGAGGAAACUCUUCUCCAUUAACCAGUGCAAGAUCUUUUAAAUCUUCAGGAUGGAAUAAACACCAUGAUUCAUCCCACAGAAGACCAUUGACUAGGUUGGGGGUUGUGAGACCAGCCCUAUGCGUUCCUGUUCCAUGAUGGUCCUUUGUACAGAUUGCUUUUUUUCUCUUGAACAUUGUUUUUCACUAGAAAUGUUGAUCAUUAGGAGUUUUACUAAAGCAUACCUUAUACAGGAACCGUUUUUGAUGACUUCAUCUAAUCAGAGCAUACCCCAGACGCCUUAAGUGGACUUUUUUUCUGUUUUUUACCUCUCCUUUUCUUUUAGUUGUUUUAUUUAAUGAUGCAAGGACUCAAGGUUUUUCUAGAAACUGUACCGUAACUUUGGAUACCGAACUAAGUUUUUCACAGAACUCCAUAUUUAAAGACUAUUUUAUUUAAAAACAAAACAAAGUAAAAACAUUUAGCUUUUGCAUGUAGCUCAUUUCCACACUUGGUAAUUCCCCUCCUCCCACUUAAUCACCAACACAAACUGCUAAAAAAAAAUUACUAAAUAGCUUCUUGGAGUUUAACCAUGUGUUAGAUUUGUUGUGGGUUUUUUUUUGUGUGUGUGUGUGUGUAUGUCACAGGAAUUUUGUUGAAACCACUUAGCAACUGUGUUUUGUUUUUUUUUUAAACUAGGUAAUUAAACUCAAAAGAGCAAUGAACUAAUUAUAACAGCUUAUUUCCCAGGUACCUAUCUUGCUUUGAACUUCCUUAACAAAAUAUAGUUUAAUGAUCUUGAAAGCUUUCAAAAUUAUUUAUAAUUUUAGGAACCAAUAAUUUGUUGUCACUUCUAUUCCUUAGCAAAUUUUUUAAAAAUUGUGCACAACACAAUGCCCUUUAUCACCAAAAUGCCUUGCACAUAGUAUGUGCUUAAUAAAUGUUUGUUGACUCUAUGAGUUUCCAGUUAUACUCCAAGUGUGAUCAUCAGAACAGCCCCCAAAAGAAAAUAAUACUUGCUCUUUUUUUCAGAAGAAGGAACUGGGAAGUUUAGAGAACUCACAGGAAACAGAAGCCUUCCCCUGAUACUUUAGUUACUGUUUACUACGUUUUUCUCCCCUGAGUGUUUUCGGUUCUUUAUGUGCUAAUGGGCUACCAUAGUAUUGCAAUGACAGAACAAAUUUGUUUUCAUUGGCUAUCUCUCCUUGAGCUCUCAGGAUAAUAAAAACAUUUCAAUAUAUUGGGGAGAACUUAGUAUUUUUUGUUACCUUCCCUAAAUUGUUGUUUUUCCUCAAGAUUUAGAGGUAUAGGGAUUUCAGGAAGCAUUCAGGUGAAAACGUCACAAAUCAGUAUAGUGGUACCAGUGAGUAGGUGCAAGAAAGCUGGAAAACAUCUAGGGUAAGCUAGCUGGGCUAUUUAAAAAAUGUUACCUGGCUAAAUAGAGAACAGUUAGAAAAAAAUAAUAAUAACAACAACAAUAAUAUAAUUAAUAAUAAUAGUAGUUAUGGUGCUGAGUUAACUGUUUAAGUUGAGUGUGACUAUUGUCUUCUAUGAGCAACAAACUAUGAAGCCAAGUGUCUGUUUACUGAGUUCCCCUCAAAUAAAACUUAUGACCGAGUCAAUCUGUUGUGCAUUUAUUGAUGUUCAUAAUGAUCACUGUGCUGCACGGUAAUUACGUAUCACUAGUCAGCUGUUCAUAUAAAUGGCUGUAAUACGCAUGACUUUUACACAGUCAAUAUUUUUUGUUUUGUCGCUUCUUUGGUGUCUAUGACAAGCAAAUGUCUGUUUUGCCCUGGACUCAUCACUGGCAUAGAGCGUGACAUGUAUGCAGUCAGCACUUAAUAAAUUUUUUUUAUUCAUUCAUUCA